GAAAAGUUCUAAAGUUGGGUGAAAGUGGGGUGCUCCGUAUAUGGCUGUCCGGUGCAUUUUGUGGUGAAGAAGAAAAAAAUUCCAACGUGGAAAACGUGCGUUUUUAUCGUGAGAAGUAGAGCAGCAAUCAAUUAAAAGAACUCUCCAGCUACCUCACGACCAGCACCAAAGAGAUCAUCUGGCAUGUGGAGUGUCCAGGGAAGCUAAACUACUAAACUAUCUCUAGAGACACGCACGUGAGGGAAAGAUAAAGGAGAGAGAGGAAGAGCACAAGGAGGAACUUUAUUAGAAAGAAAAAAAUGUCACAGGACGGAUUGUCGAGUUUCGGCACAGCCAAACAUCCCAUCCGGGGGAUUUCCAACACAAAGCAAACCACCCGUCCGGAACUGCAUCAGAUCAAUAGUAUUGCAUCCGAGAGGUAUCUGUGGGAGAUGAGACGUCGUACACCCAACACCACACCCGCCAGCACUGUGCUCAACUCACCGGAUUUGACGGAGAAUGAAUCACGGCAUGGCUACCAUCAUCAUCACCAUCAUCAGUAUCCCAUAAAGCUGGGCAGGAGCCCAGUGAGUCACGCAGACUCAGCGAGUCCAGUAACUCCCCCGGGGGGAGCUGCAGUGGUCACUGAAGGGGAAAUGGUGGUUUUCGAUGAUAUCGGUGAGAGCUGGAAUGGUGGUCGAAUGAUUCUUGAUUCCCCCACAAUCUCCGACACUGAGGGUGCUGCUGCGCCACGGCAGGAGAGUGAACCAUCACCGGGUGUGAACAACAGAGUGACUAAGGUCAUUGGGAAUCUCCCAAUAGCGGAGUACGAGGGUAGCCCGAGACGUUUUGGGAAUAUCCAGUAUGAUUCUCCAGUCAAUCGUGCAGGUAGAAAUGUCCUGGCAUCACCUGCACUCUUCCCACCGCGUCCUGGAUUCCCCCAGAGAGUUGUACCCUCCCCCAAUGCAGCAUCCUACGAGGACAUACCGCCACCUGAUGAUGCCAAGCCGGCAACAACAUUUGACUAUCUGUACGAAUUCUCGGAGACACGCAAAGUACUUGAGGAAUUCUUCAAGUGUCCCGACGAUGAUGGUGAACGUGCCAAGAGCAGUAGCAGUGACUUCACACCCCACGGCUAUCACAAUCAACUCGACAGCAUUCAGGAUCACAGCUACAUCGGGCAGAGGCUGGCUCAGAAGACACAGGAAACACAAUCACCAACGAGACGUAUCCGGGAGGAGGAAUUUGACCACAACGACAUUGAAUUGUAUUUGGAUUCAGGCAGUAGGAGCAGUGGUGAGCUGGCUGACACGGAGCUGGAGCACAAUGUGCGAAGGCAUUCGAGGAAUUUCACAUUGUCUCCGGAGACAACGGAUUAUGAUUCAAAUUGCGGAGAUCUCGAUAGUCUCUCUAACGAUAUCAAUGGAAUUGUACCGGAUUUCAAUAGACUGUACACCUCAAUGCCCGUUCUGGAGGAUGGGCUAUCAAGCGGGCAUGCUUCGGAUACGGAAAACAACAAUCCCGGCCAUGGGGCGGAUUUGGCGAGAGCGAGAGUGAUAACAGGGGGGAAUUUCAUUGAGCAAACUGCAAGCCCGAAGAGAUGUGUGAUUGAGGGGAGUCAGGAGCAUGAAGUGAGUCAGAAUAGCGUAUCCAAAGACACGAGACCCUUCUCGACACCACCACCACCACCACCUCAGGUACUAACGCAGGAUGUUCAGGCAGCACUCAAGGACAUCCGGACAACACUUCAACGUACAAAAACCCUUCCGGCAGCCACAAAUGCACCCCCAGCUGUGGAUAGAACAGCCCCCAAGAGUACGGUGGAGAAGGUGAAAGACACCGAAUCACCCGUUUGGGUUCCGCGACAUCACAAUAAUGCAGCAUCGCGUGAGAGUUUAAGCUCAGAGCACCCCUCGAAGGGAAUGAGUGCGGAAGAUGAGGAAGCAGAUACGGAUUUGGAGACAGAUCGCCUCCUUGGGCAGCAGAGACUCGAUGAUCAGGGGUUCUAUGAGGACAAGGGCAUGUGGAAGGGGAAGUUAGUUAGAUCGCCAUCAAGCUCAAAAUCACCCCCAUCGGGGCAAUUAGCACAAUCAACCAUAAGGCAGGGAGUGGGUACAGCCCUCUCGCCCACAUCACCGAUUUCCGGUGGUUCCGGUGGGAGGAUUUCCCCAGCCACACUAGCGGACAAGAGCCCAACGGAUUCCAUUAGUUCCAAAAAGGACGACAGCAGGAAAGGCAAGAGCAGAAACAAAGAAGGUCUUCUCGAUCCGGCAGUUCUUAUUGAAGGUGUUCUCUUCCGGGCUCGAUAUUUGGGCUCCACACAACUCGUAUGCGAAGGACAACCAACCAAAUCCACAAGGAUGAUUCAAGCUGAAGAAGCUGUUUCCAGGAUUAAGGCCCCUGAGGGUGAAAAUCAACCGAGUACAGAGGUAGACUUAUUUAUCUCAACGGAGAAGAUUAUGGUGCUGAAUACAGACCUCAAGGAGAUCAUGAUGGACCACGCCCUGAGGACAAUCUCCUACAUUGCUGACAUUGGGGACCUGGUGGUGCUGAUGGCACGACGACGGUUUGUGCCGCAGGACAUGGAUGACGGGCCGAAGCCCAAUCGAACGCCCAAGAUGAUCUGCCAUGUCUUUGAGAGUGACGAAGCGCAAUUCAUUGCACAGUCCAUCGGCCAGGCCUUCCAGGUGGCCUACAUGGAGUUCCUCAAGGCGAACGGCAUUGAGGAUCACAGCUUCGUCAAGGAGAUGGACUACCAGGAGGUGCUCAAUAGUCAGGAGAUCUUUGGCGAUGAACUGGAGAUCUUUGCGAAGAAGGAGCUACAGAAGGAGGUGGUUGUGCCCAAGGCGAAAGGAGAAAUCCUCGGGGUGGUAAUUGUGGAAUCAGGGUGGGGCUCAAUGCUGCCCACUGUGGUCAUUGCGAAUCUCCUGUCGUCCGGCGCUGCAGCGCGUUGCGGACAACUCAACAUAGGUGACCAAAUAAUCGCCAUCAAUGGGCUGAGUCUUGUUGGUUUGCCCCUGUCCACGUGCCAGACGUACAUUAGGAAUACAAAGACACAGACUGCGGUUAAAUUUACGGUUGUGCCUUGUCCGCCUGUGGUCGAAGUCAAGAUCAAGAGGCCCAACACAAAGUAUCAACUGGGAUUUAGUGUUCAAAAUGGCGUGAUUUGUAGCUUGCUUAGGGGUGGUAUUGCGGAAAGGGGUGGCGUCCGAGUGGGUCACAGGAUAAUUGAGAUCAAUAAUCAGAGCGUCGUGGCGGUUCCGCACGAGAAAAUCGUCAAUUUACUCGCCACUUCCGUCGGAGAGAUCCUGAUGAAAACUAUGCCCACAUCAAUGUUCCGACUACUGACUGGGCAAGAGAAUCCAAUUUACAUAUGAAUCACAUAUCAGCUGAAUGGUAAGGAAUGGCAUUUAAUGUGAAAAAAAAAGAGAUUAUUUAGUAAAAAAGAAAACCAAAUUGAAACACUGAAUCCCAUCAAUAUUUGGGGAGACAAAAAGACACAGUAAAGGAAUUAUUAUUCUAUAUUAUAUAUUAAUUACAAAGCAGGAAAUGAGAGAAACAUUUAGCAAAAAAAAAGUAUUUAAUCCUCAAGUUCUAAUCUUAUUUAAUGAAAAAAUUAAGAAUCUUUCCCUAAAUGUAAUUGUAGGGGGAGAGACAAAAAGGAAUUUAUUGGGGAGAAAAAUGAAAUUAAUUUCUAGUCCUCACAUUCUAUAGGACUGUUCCAAGGGAAAUGCAAAAUAAUUGAGGAAGAAUUUUGUUAUUUUAUUCUUUCUUUGAAGGUUCUUUGUGUAGGAUGUUUUCUAAAUGAGUUCUAAGCAUAAAGUCUUCCAGACAUUAAACAGAAAAGAAAAUCGGAAAAUAAAACAUAAAUUAAAAUUUUAAAAUACUUUUGAAGAAAUAAUUAAAUUAUUUUAGACAAAUUUAUUCUUUAAUCUUCAUUCUUUGAACAUUUAAUGUUUGUUUGAUUUUUUUAUUGCACCCACCUUGGAACACCCUAUACAUGUAAUUUGCAGUUAAACAAAAAUUUGAUACGUAAGCAUUGUAAUGGAAUGUGAGAGAAAUGUGUGCAUUUAGUGCGAGAGAAGAGAGACGAAAAAACUAUUUAUCCAAAUGGGGGGAAAUUUUAAAUUAAAAAUAAAA